UUUAUAUUUAAUUUAUAAUAUCGAAAACAUUAAAGAAAUUUUACUAAUAAAAUGACAAUUUUAUAAAUAGCGGUAUAUAAACAUACCAAAUACUUCCAUUUGGAAGUAUUACAUGUUCACUCAACCAAAUAUUUUCUAAUUAUAUGCAUUUGCUAAAUACAUAAUUACGCAGACUUUGUUAACGACUAACAGUGUUAUAAAGAAUUCGUAUUUUAACUAAUAUUCAUUUGAAAUUAUAAUUUAGGUCAACAUUUACCAAUGACUAGAACAGUUAGAGACUUGGGAUUCAUGUUUCUUUUUAAUGGUUGCAUCCAUUGUAGCCAGAUACAAAGUCUUGUUACACUGAAAAAAAUUCACUGCAAAGCUUCUCAUCCAGAUUUGGUUUCUCUGGAGGAAUGUAACAUAUUAGACAUGGUCAAUGAAAGUAAAGUACAGACGUUAUGUUACUUUAAGGAGAAACCGAUUAAUCAAGUUAAUUUGCGUAUGAAAUCUUAUGUGAAAUGUGCAAUAGGAUAUGUGCCGUUUGAUAUCGAUAUAACUGUGGAUUGGUGUAAGUUUCUAAUUAAGCGCAGCAUUAUCAUUCUGGAACGAUUAUUUGGUUUGGUUGAAAAAUAUUCGAAUACGCACACGAAAUGCCCGAUUGCAGAAUCUUUUAUUUAUUUUAACGUUUCUAUAGAUAAGGACAGAGGCUUUCAUCUGCCAUUUAAAUUUCCCGCCGGAGAUUAUCGUAUUGAUUUUAUAACUACAUUUAAUACAGUUAUUCACGUUGUAACUUACCUUUACUUGGAAGUUGAAUAAAGUUGACCUAACAUAUCUAAUCAAA